GACUUGACAAAAGGGAUCCGCUCGAACGCGCCCAAUGAAUCAAACCCAACUGGGGAGAUUACGCAAACAACGUCACAGUGUGGUGGCCGAUAUUGCUGGAAAUGAUUGCUACAUUAUUAUACUGACGUUUGUGAAUAGGAAAACAUGUACGCAAGUCCUUCAAAUAAAUCGUCUCGGCUAGGUUUAACUUUCAUAAAAGAAAAAUGUUCCGCAUACUUUAUUCCUAGUUCUGUUAAAAUACUAUUCACUACCGGAAGUCAAAGAAUCCAUACAAUAUAAAAAAUAUUGGACUCAGGUCAACAUUUUUUGGCAAGCUAUAACACAUUUACAAAUGUUAAAUAAAUGCAUUAUUCUAUUUAUGCAAAUGUAUUAUCAACUACAUGUCCCAAGAUGCAAGGGAUCUCCGUGAUCGCUUCCACUGAAAUCGCGCGGGGUCGCUUGUUCCUACCCGCAGAUCCAGGAUCAGCUUACAAUUUCCCAACCUAACUACAACAAUCAGAAGUCAGAGAGCAUAACCGAUCCUAGAUCAGCGCUCUGGAGCAAACUAUCGCUGAACAACGGCAGUCGUGCGAUAGCGACUGUUGUUGUUUUUGUUGUCAGCAAAAUGGCGACAAGCGGAGAGGCCCCGGAAUCUUGGUACCUAGCUCUGCUCGGCUUUGCGGAACAUUUUCGCACCUCAAGUCCUCCGAAGAUCCGUCUCUGUGUCCACUGUCUGGAGGCGGUGUUUCAGUUCAAGCCGCCGCAGAGAGUCGAGGCCCGAACUCAUCUCCAGCUUGGCUCGGUACUCUACCACCACACCAAGAACACCGAACUCGCCCGGAGCCACUUGGAGAAAGCGUGGUUCAUAUCACAACAAAUCCCUCAGUUUGAAGAUGUCAAAUUCGAGGCAGCAAGUCUUCUGUCAGAACUGUAUUGUCAACAGCUGCUUUUGCAUAAUCUGGUUGAUUCGGCAAAGCCCUUGCUGCGAAAGGCCAUCCAGAUCUCCCAGCAAACUCCCUACUGGCACUGCAGAUUGCUCUUCCAACUGGCGCAACUGCACACACUGGAGAAGGAUCUGGUGUCAGCCUGUGACCUCCUGGGGGUAGGGGCAGAGUAUACCAGGGUAGUGGGCUCUGAAUACACCAGAGCUCUCUUUCUGUUGAGUAAAGGAAUGCUGCUGCUGAUGGAGAGGAAGCUUGGGGAGGUGCAUCCUCUGCUGACGCUGUGUGGGACCAUCGUGGAGAACUGGCAGGGGAACCCCAUCCAGAAGGAGUCUCUCAGAGUGUUCUUCCUGGUGCUGCAGGUCACACACUACCUGGACGCUGGACAGGUGAAGAGUGUGAAGCCGUGUCUGAAGCAGCUACAGCAGUGCAUCCAGACCAUCUCUACACUCCACGACGAUGAGAUCCUACCCAGUAACCCUGCCGACCUGUUCCACUGGCUGCCCAAGGAGCACAUGUGUGUCCUUGUCUACCUGUUGACAGUCAUGCACUCCAUGCAAGCAGGGUACCUGGAGAAGGCCCAGAAAUACACAGACAAAGCACUCAUGCAGCUGGAAAAGCUCAAAAUGCUGGACUCCAGCCCCAUCCUCUCCACAUUCCAAGUCAUCCUGCUGGAGCACAUCAUCAUGUGCCGACUCGUCACUGGUCACAAGGCCACGGCAUUGCAAGAGAUCUCUCAGGUGUGUCAGCUGUGUGCGCAGUCUCCCAGGUUAUUCACCAACCAUGCAUCCCAGCUACACACCCUGCUAGGCCUGUACUGCAUCUCAGUGAACUGCAUGGAUAACGCUGAGGCGCAGUUCACUGCUGCCCUGCGGGUGAGUGAUCUGACGACGCACCAGGAACUGUGGGCGUUCAUUGUGACCAAUCUGGCCAGCGUCUAUAUCAGGGAGGGCAACAGGCACCAGGAGCUUGAUAACCUGUUGGAGAGGAUAAACCCAGAUCACAACUUCCCUGUCAGCUCUCACUGUCUGGUAGCAGCAGCCUUCUACAUCCGUGGACUGCUCUCUUUCUUCCAGGGACGCUAUAACGAGGCCAAGCGGUUCCUUAGGGAGACUCUGAAGAUGUCCAAUGCUGAAGACCUGAAUCGUCUGACUGCAUGUUCUCUGGUUCUACUGGGCCAUAUCUUCUACGUGCUGGGGAACCACCGGGAGAGCAACAACAUGGUGGUCCCAGCCAUGCAGCUGGCCAGCAAGAUCCCUGACAUGUCAGUCCAGCUUUGGUCCUCGGCUCUGCUCAAGGAUCUAAACAAGGCGUGUGGGAACACGAUAGACGCCCACGAAGCAGCUCAGAUGCAUCAGAACUUCUCCCAGCAGCUCCUGCAGGACCACAUCGCUGCCUGCAGCCUCCCUGAGCACAACCUCAUCAGUUGGACGGAUGGACCUCCUCCAGUGGGCCAGUUCCAGGCCCAGAAUGGACCCGCUACCAGCCUGGCCAGCCUGCUCUGAGCACCACCACGCCAUGAGAGAGAGUGAGCUGGAGAGAGAGGAAGGGAAAGAUAGAGAGGUGAGGGUAGAGAUGGUAGAAGAGGGGUAGAGAG